AUGUCGCCAGCGAUACUUCACAGCCGAGUCCCACCCUUCUCAUCGAAGUCUUCGCUUUCUCCAGCAAAAGAGUGGAUCUAUCCAGCAUGCUUUCGAUACGAAGGCAUGUUGCUUGACCCACAACAAGCGCCCCAGCUAUUUCUGGAAAGCGAUCUUCACAUGCCAAAGCUAAAUGCCAUUUACCAUCGCUUAUGGCUGGCUGGGCCGAUUCGACAAGCCCGACCACUGCAUAGACAAAAGUUAAUGCAACGUACAAUACAUCUUACCGAAUCGGUCGACGAGCAUCUUGUGUGGAGCAAAGACCACAUCUUCAUCAAACCAAUACCAGGAUACUUGCUUAAUUACGAGCUGUGGGAGGAAUUUCUGUGUCCAAGCGAGCAACAAUUUGCGGGCGCCACCGGUCUUCUACUUUCGUACGUCUGGCUCGUAGCCUCGCCCAUCGACUUUGCCAUUGCAAUUGAAGAACGUAUAUUUCCGCCUUCUAUAACUUGGGUAGCCUGGAGAAACGUCGUUCAUGAUAUUCUGCGGGACAUGGACACUGUGACAGCCCAGGCCGAUCAAAGAUAUCAUUAUGGUGAACUAAGACUGAGCAGGCUGAAUACUCUCUAUCGCUUCAACCUCGCCACUUUCUCAGCUCGCGACUUCGUCUAUGGUUUCAUGUCAAAUCCGACCUGUUAUACACAAUUCUUUGAAAGGAACUUUGGCUGGAUAGUUGCAGCGUUCAUUUACAUAACAGUCAUUCUCUCCGCCAUGCAAGUGGGUCUUGCGACGUCUCGAUUGGAGAAUAACGUUUCUUUUCAGAAUGCAUUCAAAGAGGGAGUUGGUGAAGCGAAGUACGAUGCGAAGGAACACGAAUACGGAACUGGCACAGUGACGACUCCGCUGUUGCCUGGCGAUAUGGAACCUCUGACCGACGGUAUACUGCACGAAAUAACUCCAUUGCCCGCAUCUCCAGAAGAACAAGGGCUUUGCGAAGGAUGCCAAGCACUGGAGAUUGGGACGCAUCUCGAGAAAUCCGGCCAGGUCAAGGUCGGUUGGCUCACCGAGAUCACAAAGUCUUCUCUCAAGUCAGACUGUCGACUCUGCCAGCAAUUCUGCAAGAUUUUUAGCACUUCAAGUCAGGAAAUGUCAAAAUUGGAUAUAUUUCGUCUACAUGCCCUAAGCUUGGUCGGCGAUGAGAAAGACCAAAAGUACUACCAUAUCGUCCUACUUACUGCUAAGCCGGCAAAGAAGCGGCAUGAUUCUCAAACGCUGUACUUGUACCCCAUACCUAUUGGCAAAUAUGUGACACCGAAUAUCGCCAACUACGACAUGGUCAAGCAGGCCUUGCUCAACUGCGAAGAGAACCAUUUCGACAAUUGCCGUCCACUCGCGGCCAUUAGCAGUAUCUUGCAACUGAUAGAUUGCAGAACGAGAAAAAUCAUUCCAGCUCUGGAGGGACAACGUUAUGUUUGUCUGAGUUAUGUUUGGGGCACAGACGAGGAUGGAGGAAAAAAUUCGCCUCUAGUGCUUCCAAGCAAAAUACCAAAAACAAUCGAGGACGCCAUGCAUGUUGCCAUAGAGAUUGGAAUUCCGUUUUUGUGGGUUGAUCGAUACUGCAUUGAUCAGACCAAUCGGCAGCAGAAGCAUACUAUCAUCCGAAACAUGGAUAAGAUCUACUCUGGUGCAAAUUUGACCAUUAUAUCAGCAGCGGGAGAAGACCCUCACCAUGGGCUUCCUGGCGUACGUGGCACUCCUCGUCAGUCGCGAUUUCUACUGCAAGGAGAAUUUUGCGCGUAUAUUGGUGCGCCGGCCAUAAAGGAAGAGAUUGAGAAGUCGAAAUGGGGUUCAAGGGGCUGGUAA